UAAAUAGAAAAGUUGAAGCCCAAAAUUGUCCAAGCAAAAGAUCUGCAAAACGCAAUACUCCGAAUUGAACUCGGGAGAGUUGCUCUUCUGCACGGGCCUAACCUUUGAGCCUUCCCCAGCGAAACGACGCCGCAAUUAUACAAAAAGGUCUUGAAGUUAGGGUUUGCAUAGGAGGGUGUGCUUUUUCGCUAAAGCUUGUGAAUUCUGCUCUACUUGAGAUAUUGCAAAUUUGGCGUUUGGGUCUGUUUCUUCUUUGAUUGUAAUGCUACGUUAAGAGACUAAUUUGGUAAAAGGAGAAUGUAUGGUAGAGCCGGCCUUGAUAGAUUUAAAAAGGCUCAAUCUUCAGACCCAUUUUCAGUCUCUAUUAAUUCAGCUUCGAAAACCACUUCUCAACAUGCUCCUAAAGCAGUUGCAAAUCCCUCAGUUCUGCAUUUGCAAUCUCAGACACAAUCCCAGUACCAGUAUCAAUCCAAUGUUCCUCAAAAAUCAGUGGGACUUGAGGCAGGACCAUUGGUGGGGCAGACUCAGCAGGUAACCCAGGUUGGAGGGGGGCAGUCGGCUUGGCUGCCACCAGAUUGGGCGAUUGAGCCUCGACCUGGAGUUUAUUAUCUUGAGGUCCUGAAAGAUGGUGAGGUUCUUGAUCGGAUUAAUUUGGAUAGACGGAGACAUAUUUUUGGGAGGCAAGCUCAUGCAUGUGAUUUUGUGCUUGAUCAUCAGUCUGUUUCCCGCCAGCAUGCUGCUGUCAUUCCUCACAAAAACGGAAGCAUAUUUGUAAUUGAUUUGGGGUCUGCACAUGGGACUUUUGUGGCAAAUGAGCGGUUGACCAAAGAUGCCCCUGUUGAGCUUGAAGUGGGACAAUCUCUGCGGUUUGCAGCAUCAACACGAACUUAUAUCUUGAGAAAGAAUGAUGCUGCUCUUUUCCCACGUCCACCACCUUCAGAGAUUAAUCUACCACCACCUCCAGAUCCAACCGAUGAAGAAGCCGUUGUAGCUUAUAAUACUCUUCUAAAUCGCUAUGGACUUGGCAAUCCUAAUAGUAAAUCUGUUAGCACAUUGAGUGGACAGGAAGAUGGCCAGCAGUCUGGCAGAGCCACAAAAAGAUUGAAGAAAGCAAGAGUGGUUUUCAAAGAUCAAGUUGGGGGAGAACUGGUUGAAGUUGUUGGGUUUUCAGAUGGUGCAGAUGUAGAGACGGAGCCUGGACCAUUAGGUGUAAAAGAAGGAAGUCUUGUUGGGAAAUAUGAAUCCCUUAUACAGACUACAGUAAUACCCAAAGGUAAGGAGCAACUCCCCAAAAAGGAAAACAAUGCUUCUCAAGCAGGUGUGACUAAUAAACUACGAGAAGUCUUAAACAAGGUCAAAACUGUUCCUAGAAGUGGGAUAUAUGAUGACCUAUAUGGAGAAACAUUUUCUGGGAAAUUGGGUUCUGCCUGGGCAUAUUCUUCUGUUACUCCUGGUGGUAAACUGGAUCCUUCAAUUAAAGAUGCCCAACAGAAGGCUAUUGGUGCUUCGAGUGAAAAACUUGGAAAUAACUCUAGCUCGCACAUCGACGAUGAGGAUGAUGAUUUAUUUGGUGAUUGACUGAUUAUAGUUUGAAGCAUUCUGCUGCUCUGUUCUUUGUUUUCUUUUUUGUACUUCGGAUAUCAGCAGCCAGUGCCCAUUAGUUCCUCUGUGAAUGGAAAAUUUUGUUGUAAUCCCUCAAAAAUUGUCUUUGCAACGAAUCAUAUGCCCCAAUGGAGGGUUUUAAUUCAUAUGCCCCAAUGGGGGGGUUCUAAUUUAUAAAUCAGUUACAGUUGGACAUA